AUGCCACUUGAGACCGAAUUUGAUCGACGUUUGCUGACAGAUAAAAGGAGUGGCUCCCGUUCAUUUCCUAAAUGUGGUUUCCUUUUGUAUUUGUCAUGUGUGUUUUCCCUCUCUCUGUUUCUUUUAUUUCCUUUUUCUCUUUCGUUCCCAACUCUUUUCUUUCUUUCUUUCUUCUUGACAUUGCACUAUUUUUCCUCUUUUCACGUGACUUUCUUUGCUUUUUCCUUUCUUUUUCUUAAUAUUUGUCUAUUAUUUCUUUCCUCUUCUUUUCACUCUUCUUUCUCUUUCUUUUACAUUAUUUCCAACUCUUCUUUCUAUUCCUCUUUUACUCUUUUAUUCUUUCAUUUUUCUCUUUUCCUCCACCUCUUCAGCUCUUCUUUUUCCUUCUUUCUUUUGAGAAGGAAGAAAGAAACAAAGAGUCCCACUUCUUUCUCUUUAAUUCUUUUUAUUAAUAAUUUUAUUUCCCUUUUUGAGCUUUUUCUUUCUUUUUUACUUUCUUUUUCUUUCUUUCUUUUUUUACUUUCUUUUUCUUUCUUUUUUUACUUUCUUUUUCUUUCUUUUUCUUUCUUUUCUAUUUCUUUGUUUUUUCUUUCUUUGUUUUUUCUUCUUUCUUUCGUUCAUCAUUUUUCUUUAUUUAACUUACCUUUCUUUUUUCGUUCGUUCUUUCUUUCUUUCUUUCUUUCUCUUUCUUGCUUUAUUUCUAUCAUUUUUCUUUCUUCUUUCUUUCUUUUUCUUUUCUUUCUAUCCUCUUCUUUCUUUCUCCAUUUUUCUUUCUUCCUCUUUCCUUUCUUUAUUCUUUCUUUAUCUUUCUUUCUUUUACUUUUUCUUUCUUUUUCUUCAUUUUUUUACUCUUUGCUUUCUUUAUUCUUUCUCUUUCUUUUCUUUUUUUCUUCUUUUAUUUUCCUUCUUCUUUCUUUCUUUUCGAUUUCUUUCUUUUUUCUUUCUUUCUUUCUUUAUUCUUUUUUUCUUUCUUACUAUUAUCUUUUUUGUCUUUCUUUGUUUUUUCUUUCUUUGUUUUUUCUUACUUUUUCUUUCUUCAAUUUUGUCUCUUUAUCUUUUCUUUCUUUUUCUUUAUUUUUUCUUUUUCUUUCUUUUUCUUUCUCUCAUUCUUUCUUUUUUUCUUUCUUUCUUUUUCUUUCUCUCAUUCUUUCUUUUUUUCUUUCUUUCUUUUUCUUUUUCUCAUUCUUUCUUUUUUUUCUUUUUCAUUCUUUUUUUUUUUCCUUUUCUUUCUUCGAUUUUCCUCUUCUUUCCUUUCUGUUUAAAUUUCUGCUUUCUUUCUUUCUAUUUCUUUCAUUAUCUCUUUUAUCUUUUCUUUAUUUCUUACCCUAUUGA